AUGAACGCCCCGCCACGCGCUCUCGCCAAGUAUGUGGUUGAAUACAGACGCAUAAUGCCCACAGCCCGGAUUAUUUUUGUUCGCAGUUCAUCGAAUGAUUUUUUUCUGCACUCUACAGUGCAUGCGCAACAGACUCGACUGACACCAGCCGUGGAGGCAAUCCGCGCCACAGCAACCCCUGAAAACCCCGUAUUCAUCCACCUGUUUUCGAAUGGCGGCUUAUCAAGCACUAUCCAUAUGCUCGAAGCAUACCGUAAAACAGCUGGCAGGGCAUUGCCGAUCUCGGCAAUGAUCGUGGACAGCGCACCGGGUACUGCGAGCACGUCCGGUGCAGUCAGAGCCUUCUCCUUUGCGCUCCCUCAGAUGUGGAUCCUGCGCUUGGUUAGCAAAGGCGCUCUGUGGCUCGCAUUGAUCCUGUUCAAGGUGGUGCUUACCAUAACACGAUCUCCAGACCCGAUCAGUCGUGCUCGUAAGGUGAUCAAUGACUCGUCGCUUGUCCAGCCUGUCAAUGCGAAGGGUGCUCUCGCGCGCUGCUAUAUCUAUUCCAACACAGAUGAUUUGGUCAAUUCACAUGACGUGGAAAGUCACGCAUUGGAGUCGGAAGCUUGCGGUUGGGUGGUGAGACGGGAGAAGUUCCAAGGCUCGCCUCAUGUGGGACAUAUGAGAGCUGAGCCCGACCGAUAUUGGUCAAUAGUCAGGGACUAUUUGCAACCGACAGCGGCUGCAUGA